CCACAGCACCCCUGGUCCUGCCCUCCCAGGACUCACCGUCCAGUCGGGGAGACCGACCCAGGGGGUCAGGGUUGGGAUGGGAUCCCAGGGCACAUUUGGCCCAGGCUGAGAACCCAGGAGGGCUACCUGGAGGAGGAGGAGUUGUUAGGCAGGUGAGGAAACAGUAGAGGGAAGCAGGGGACAUGCUGAGUGGAGGGAGUGCACGUGAGACAGAAGAACUGGGGCAGGAAGUUCCACAAGAAAGGGGUGUCCCAGGAGGCUGGGGAGCCAUGGCAGGUUCUACCCACCACGGUGGGUGGGGGGCAAAGACCACAGAAGAGUUGGGAGGGGCAGCCAGACAAGAGAUAGGAGGUACCUGGACCAGGGCCCGGGCCACAGGGCAGGAGAGAAAGGAGCUCAUGGAAGAGACAUUGAGGAGGCAGGCGCCAUGAGGCAUGGUGUGUUGGGGGGUGGAGAGGUGGGGGGGCGUCAGCGGCUCGGCCUGUCUCUCUGCCCCAAUGACAGUGGACGGUGGCGCCGUCCCUGACAAGAGGACGGGGAGGGGCAGCAGAUCUGGGGCAGAUGCCAAGGUCAGUUUGGGACGAGGUGAUCUCCCCGGCUCCAAAUCGCCGAGCCCUCCCAGGUCCGGCGCCAGACGGAGCCAAGCCCCAACCAGGAAGGGCCUCGGGGAGCCUCGGGACGCCAGCGCCGCAGCCUCCAGGAGCCAGAUCGGGGGCGAAAGAUGGCGCUAGCUGGGUGCAGCUGGCUCCUCCUCAGCGCCGCGUUCCUGAGCACCGGGGCGGAGAUCUCCAUCACCCCGGAGCCCGACCAGCCGGCCGAAGGGGACAACGUCACGCUGGCUGUCCGCGGGCUGUCGGGGGAGCUGCUCGCCUACAGCUGGUAUGCGGGGCCCACGCUCAGCCUGGCUUACCUGGUGUCCAGCUACAUCGUAAGCACGGGCGACGAGACCCCCGGCCCGGCCCACACGGGGCGGGAAGCUGUGCGCCCCGACGGCAGCCUGGACAUUCAGGGCGCCCUGCCUGGGCACUCGGGCACCUACAUCCUUCAGACUCUCAACAGGCAGCUUCAGACGGAGGUGGGCUACGGACACUUGCGAGUCUAUGAGAUCCUGGCCCAGCCCGAGGUCAUCGCCAACAGCACGGAGCUGGUGGAGCGCCGAGACACCCUGCGCCUGCUGUGCAGCAGCCCCAGCCCCGCCGAGGUCCGGUGGUUCUUCAACGGCGAGGCUCUGCCCAUCGCCCUCCGCCUAGGCCUGUCCCCCGACGGCCGGGUGCUGACCCGGCAUGGCAUCCGCCGGGAGGAGGCGGGGGCCUACCAGUGUGAGGUCUCGAACCCGGUCAGUGUGAGCCGCAGCGAGCCCAUCAACCUGAACGUGUACUUUGGCCCGGAACGCGUGGCUAUCCUCCAGGAUUCCACCACCCUCACGGGCUGCACCAUCAAAGUUGACUUCAACGCGUCCCUCACCCUGUGGUGCGUGUCCCGGUCCUGCCCGGAGCCCGAGUACGUGUGGGCCUUCAACGGGCGGGCCCUCAAGAACGGCCAAGACCACCUCAACAUCAGCAGCAUGACGGCGGCCCAGGAGGGCACGUACACGUGUAUUGCUAAGAACCCCAAGACCCUGCUCUCCGGAUCGGCCUCGGUGGUGGUCAAGCUCACUGCGGCUGUCGUGGCCAUGUCGAUCGUGCCCGUGCCGACCAAGCCGACGGAGGGCCAGGACGUGACGCUGACCGUCCAGGGCUACCCCAAGGACCUGCUGGUCUACGCCUGGUACCGCGGGCCUGCCUCCGAGCCCAACCGGCUGCUCAGCCAGCUGCCGUCCGGGAACUGGAUCGCAGGCCCCGCGCACACCGGCCGGGAGGUGGGCUUCGCCAACUGCUCGCUGCUGGUGCAGAAGGUGAACCUCACCGACGCCGGACGCUACACACUCAAGACCGUCACGCUGCAGGGCAAGACGGAGACGCUGGAGCUGGAGCUGCAGGUGGCCCUCAACCUUCCUCCCUUGCACGAAGACCAGCGCUACCUUCCUGAACCUGAACCUGGCACAGGCUGAGCGUGGGGCGGGCGGGGCCGCCGGGAGGCUGGGGGUGGGCAGGGGAGCGGGAGGGGUGGGGGCACCGGGGUCCUGGUCCCCUGCCUCCCUGAUGGCCUCCUCUGCCCCUUUGCCCCAUCCUCCCCCACAGCCCUGGAGUAGCAGCGCCGCCCUGGAGACCUCCAGAGAGAAGACCUCUGCCACCCUCCCCACCGCCCCCGUGAGCGGAAGAUCACCGCGGUUUCGGCCCUCUGUUCUCCUGCUUCCACUGUAGAGUUAGAGCCAACAGGGCCCUACUCCUCCACUGAGCUGUCGGAGAGCCGCCGAGGCCAUAAACCUGCUGGUUAACA